UUCGUUAUGUCCAUACGUAGGGUAGUAUUUUAAACCCUAAGAUUCUAUUAUUUGUGAACUAAUACCUGUUAAAAACUAAGCCGAUCCGAUCAAACCACGAUCGAACAAUGAACGGUUCACACUUCCCUUUCUUCCCGGGCAUUUCAUUCACUUCGCAUAAUUCAACCGCUUCGCACCUAAAACCGGAUUACAAUGGCGACAAUUAGCACGUUUUAGCAUUUCUCAAUGAUUGUCGAUGAAAUGAGAUUUUGAUAUAAUAUGAAUAAAAACGAUUAUGAGGAUUGCGUGUCAAAAAUAAUGUGUAUACAUGUAGAUACAAAAUAGCAGACGGUAAAUUAAAAACGCAGACGACAAACACAACAUUGGUUGUGCUUUCUUGUUGCGCAUACAAGGCUAACAACGGAUACGUUAUAGUGAUACCGGAAUUAAAGAAGCAGCGAGGAAUAAUAAUUUCUGUGUUAAGAGAUUUAACAAGAAAGAAAAUGUUCUGCUGUGGAGGGUCGAAGUGUCUUGACGACGAAGAAGCAAAGCGUGAUAACAAAGGAAGGGGAAAUUUUAAACAGCAAAACCAACAGAUAUACAUUCAACGUAAUGGAAUCGCAGCCCCGACAAAAGUUAACGGGAAAAUGCCGUCAAAUAUGCACAAUUACAUUACCAAGGAGAACGCUAACGUAUUAAAACCUGACGUUAAACACGUGACCAACGUGCGGAAUGAUAUAUACGUUAAACUAAAUGGACCAUUGAAAACUAACGGUAACUCUAAAACAGUUGGGUAUCAGCGCGGAGUUUAUAAUGUUGUUCAUAUAUCUAAAUCACAUUCAGCCGCCGUGAGGCAAACUCAAAAACGUGUACCAAUAAGCGAACUUAAACCAAUGCCGGAAGUGCGUGUAAAUGCACGUGCAUCAGAACCAGUUAGAGACAGUAUGAGACUGAGUUCGGAAUUUGUGAUCUCCGACGCAGAUAAUCGAACAAGUACGCCUAUGGGUAUGACAAUAGAUGACGCGGUGGCUGUGUUUGGAAACAAUGAUACUGAUUCGCUAACCAAUGAGCAGAGACACGCAUUGGAUGAAUUAGAAAACACUAUUGCCGGUUUCAGGAAUGAAAGCGAUGAUGACGAAAUGCCAAUGAUAAUAGCGGACGUUCUACCAGAUGGAGUGUUUGAAGCAUUUACAAAUGUGGAGCUCCCGUCGCCGACGGAGUCGUCGGAAGACGAACCAUCUUCAAGGACAUCAAGCCUAAGUAAUAAAUCAAUUAAUUCUAGAACUGGUAUUAUUUCAGGCCGGCAAAGCGCGAGAAACAGGAAGAGUACGAAUUCUGUUUCAUUCCAACUUCCGGAAGAUCACGUGGACAAACCUUACGCACCUAUGCAAACAAGCUCCAAGCAAAAGCAAACAAAAAUGCAAGCACCGGAAGCACCAAAACUUACGUCUACAGUUUGUGUGACUGCGCCAAGUAUGAACAUAUGGCACCAGGGUAAUAUAGUGUACGUAGAAAACAAACAAAAGCGCGGCAUUUCCGGUCCUUUUAAGGGUUCUUUUAAAUCACUGUUUUAUGGAAAAUACAGUAAUCCAGAGAUAUCUGGAUUCAAAGAGUUUGAUAACUCCCUUUCACCCAAAAUUCUGGAGCGAGUGGAAUCAUUUGAAAGCCUCAUAGGAGACGAUAAAUGCGCGCCAAGUUUCCAUGGUAACCGUGCUGUCGUAAGGAGUAACAGCGGAGUUUUCGCAAAUCAGAGAAGUAAGAAAAGUAGUACCGCAGUUGAAAGACGCAACACGUUUCGGUAGGAACCUGCAAUAGGGCAAAAACUUAUUUUGUGUUCAAUUUCAGAAUCUGUGUUCUUGGUUUGAAGAAGUGAACCCCUUUUUUAUCAUGCCUUACACUGCAUUUGCAUGGACUUUUCAUAUUUGAGGUAGAAAUGUUAUAAAACGGGUAAAAAAUUUAUCAUGAUAAAAAUAUUUAAUAUUCAUGUCUUGGCAGACAUUUUGGAGACCAUUUUUUCAAUAUACAUUUGUACAUGUAUACAACUGACAACUGACAAAUUUCUAAAAAUAACUAUAUGAAACUUAACAGACGAUUUCGAUGAUUUGAGCCGUAUCACAACAAAACCAACAUAAUGGGUUUGCGACCAGCAUGAAACAGACCAGCCUGCACAUCUGCGCAGUCUGAUCAGGAUCCAUGUUGUUCGCUAUUAGUUUCUCUACUUGUAACAGAGUUGGUAAGCGAACAGCAUGGAUCCUGAUCAGACUGCUGGUCGCAAACGCACUAUGUUAGUUUUGUCGUGACUCGGCUCAUUUGUCAAAUGCCUUUACAAAUAUAGGGAAUAACAUUAAUUCAAAAAUCUAUCAAAACAUUUGCCUGUUAUAGAAUGACACAUGUAUGUCGGAUACCUAACAUCGAACCAUAAUAAUAAUAAAAUUUAUUAUUAUUAUGGUUCGGUAAUAAUAUUUAUCAGUUUAUUUUACAUAUUAAUCAACCGUUGGUAACCGACGAUGGUUUUACAUAAGUUAUGUGAAUUGCACGUAUUCUAUAUUGUCUAACACAAAAUGAUGAAUUGUUUUUCAAGCUCAAGCCUACAUAUACAUUGUACAUGUAUAAUGAAAAUCUGUGAUAUUAUUUUUUCAAAUUCGAUUUGUAUAUUAAUGUGUUUCCUAUUGACUUUCGUGUAUAUGAGUAUAUAGUUUUCUUCAUAACAACAGUUCUAUAAUAAUUUACUACAUGCAUCAUAUGUGUUUUGUACAUGUAUAUGUUUUUUUUGUAUGUGCCAUGUUCGUAAAUAUGAAUUAUUGUAUAUAAUUAUAUUGAUUUGAUGUCAAUGAUAAUUUCAUCAUAUCAAAUAGCUUAUUUAAAGAUUUGCGUGAAAACACUUGUAUACUUAAAAACAAUUGUUACCUUAA